AUUUACCUAUAGUAUUUUAAGAAAGCAUAAUAAUAUAAUCUUAGUAAGAACCACUGUCAGAAGUUACAAUACCACGGUGAUUUCCCUAGAACAGAAACAAUCGAUAGUGGUAGUAUUAUGUCGAUUGAUUUUUAAAUGGUUUAGUUUUUCUUUAUUUUUCUUUUUAUUACUUGUUCUUUUCACUUUUUGGUUGUUUGUCCAAUCUACUCGGAACUUUCAGAAUGCCUGUCCAUGGACUUGUUUAUUAUACAACCCCUUCUAUGGCUACCUUUUUGGGGCCAGCCCAAGAUUAUCUUGUAAAGUCUUUUUUGGCUCAAUAUAUGAAAAAAUGGAUCGUUCAGUAUAAACUUUAUCGGAACGUCCUUUUCCCAAAGAGUUUGGAAUUGUUAAAGCAAAAUAUCCAUCCCUAUAUGUAUGCCUGUGUUGAUGAGACAACCACUGUGGAUGCAGAGUCCACAUUAGAAGACAUCAUCUUGCGUACAAAGCUGUGGACGUUUCGGCAAACGUUCAACAUAGAGGGAGCAAUUUAUGAGGUUGGUGACUUCACGGUGGCUGUCGCCAACGUUCUUCAAAAGUCAACGUGGAAAGGAAUCGUUUUUCACGUUACUUACGACGGUUCUGAUGAUGUCGAUAUUGCUCGGCCCAUCCUCCAAGAGUUUUUUGAUAUAUGUUUUUUUAAGAAUGCUUCAGCACCACCUCCUGUUUAUGAAAACUACUUUUACCAUUCUAGACAUUCCAUUGAUCCUAAACUGUUUCUUGAAAUUUUCAAGCAUAGAGCCGAUGUUUCUACGCCAUCUAGUUUAUCUCAGAUAAAGUCUGAAGCCAGUCCUGUUGGUUAAGUAUGUAUGAUUUAUACCUUGUAUGUUCUCGCUUUUGUAUACCUGCUUUCUACUUCUCUUUCUUUGUUCUUCUCUAUGUACCCUUAAUCACGUUUACCUAUAGACUUUUUGAUUAAAUGAAAUUUACAUUAUAUUAAGUAUCCAAAACAGAAAUUAUUAGUCCC